GCAGAAGUGUAGCGCCUGUUACAUCACUUUGAGCUCUUCUCCGGUUAAAAGGUUGGUAUCCCCGCUGUCUCUGCUGCUGCAAGGACUUUCUGUAACUGCUCUGUUACUUUAUAGCCGCUGUAGCAUUGUGGUGGGUUGAUCUCAUUUGGCAUCUCGCUAACUGGACCACUCGUUCUGCACCAGUGAAGGCCAUGCCGCAGCAAAAGGUUCAAGACAUGGGCACUGCCUUCAUCCAGACCCAGCAGCUCAACGCUGCCAUGGCAGACACUUUCCUGGAACACAUGUGCCUGCUGGACAUCGACUCUGACCCCACCACUGCACGCAACACUGGAAUCAUCUGCACUAUCGGACCGGCCUCUCGGUCUGUGGAUAUGCUCAAGGAAAUGAUCAAGUCUGGAAUGAACAUUGCUCGCCUAAACUUUUCUCAUGGAACACAUGAGUAUCACGAACAAACCAUCAAGAAUGUCCGUGAGGCCUGUGAAAGCUUUGAACCAGGCAGCAUCAGCUACAGGCCUAUUGGCAUUGCUUUGGACACUAAAGGACCAGAAAUCAGAACAGGCCUCAUUGAUGGGAGUGGCACUGCAGAAGUGGAGCUGCAGAAAGGCAACGUGAUCAAAAUAACCUUGGAUGAUGCUUACCAAGAGAAGUGCAGUGAUCAGAUUCUGUGGCUCGACUACAAAAACAUUACCAAAGUGGUGGAAGUAGGCAGCAAGAUUUACAUUGAUGAUGGGCUUAUAUCUCUUCAGGUUAUGGAGAUAGGUUCUGAUUACGUUAUGUGUGAGAUUGAAAAUGGUGGCUCCCUGGGAAGUAAGAAGGGAGUGAACUUACCGGGUGCUGCCGUAGACCUGCCAGCAGUCUCCGAAAAGGACAUCCAGGACCUCCAGUUUGGUGUAGCACAGGGAGUGGACAUGGUGUUUGCCUCUUUCAUCCGUAAAGCAGCAGAUGUACAUGCUGUCAGAGCAGUGCUUGGAGAAAAGGGCAAAAACAUCAAGAUCAUCAGUAAGCUUGAGAAUCAUGAGGGUGUGCGCAGAUUUGAUGAGAUCAUGGAGGCUAGUGACGGAAUAAUGGUGGCUCGUGGUGACCUCGGGAUUGAGAUCCCCACAGAGAAAGUGUUUGUGGCCCAAAAAAUGAUGAUUGGGCGCUGCAAUAGGGCUGGCAAACCAAUCACAUGUGCCACUCAGAUGUUGGAGAGCAUGAUCAAGAAGCCAAGACCCACUCGUGCUGAGGGCAGUGAUGUUGCUAACGCUGUCUUGGAUGGAGCAGACUGCAUCAUGUUGAGUGGUGAGACAGCCAAGGGAGACUACCCCCUGGAGGCUGUGCGCACACAACACAUGAUUGCUCGUGAGGCCGAGGCGGCCAUGUUCCAUCGGCAGGUGUUUGAGGACCUGCGUCGCUCCACACCGCACUGCAAAGACCCGGCUGAGGCUAUUGCAAUCGGGGCAGUCGAGGCAUCCUUUAAGAUCCUAGCCUCAGCAUUCAUUGUGCUCACAGGCUCUGGAAGGUCUGCUCAUCUGAUCUCCAGGUAUAGACCUCGUGCCCCCAUCAUUGCUGUUACUCGCAAUGCCCAGACGGCUCGCCAAGCCCAUCUGUACCGCGGCAUCUUUCCAGUUCUCUACACUAAGCCUGCCCAUGAUGUUUGGGCUGAGGAUGUGGACAUGCGUGUCAACUUUGCCAUGGAAAUGGGUAAAGCUCGAGGCUUCUUCAAAGAAGGAGAUGUAGUCAUCAUACUCACUGGCUGGCGCCCUGGCUCUGGUUACACCAACACCAUGCGUGUGGUUCUGGUGCCCUGAAAAGUCACUGGCUUUGUUGCUUUCUCCCUUCAUCUAUCUUUCAUAGCUCUUCUUCACACACUCCACGGCUCUCCGCACACAACCAAAAUGACUGAAACAUUCAAAUAAAUUAAUUGGAAAGAAUGAAGUAUGAUAAGAGCUGUUUUCCAUUCAUGUCGCACUGUAUCCAUUCCUUGUUUGUUGGUCAGUAAAACUAAAACUAUAUAAUCUGUAGGGCUCAGAUUCAACAGCUUGUCCUAAUCUGCUGUAUCUCAAAUGUCUGUUAUAUGCAUCGAUCUGAGGUGAGCCUGGUGGGGCAGAGUGAAAUACUACUGUUGUGCAGUGCAGCUGCAGCUCCUCCGAUGUUGUCAUAAAGCCAGCUUUCACUUGCAUUCCUAAGCUGUUUCAGACAAUGUUAAAUUACUUCUAUACAAUGCCACAAUAUGUAUUUUGUUUAUAUAUUGAUUUAGGCACAUUUUGGAGGUCCAAAUGUAUUUGAACAAGUUACUGUACUGUGCUGGUGUGUCAUAACGGCUUUGCAUUUUCAAUCUGGGUCAAAUCUUCAUUAGCACUCAAGAAUCUUGUGAUUCAUAAAAGUUAACUGAUCUGAAUAAGCACUUUUCUGUUUUUUUUUCCCUACUGGGAGACUUGAGGUGUUAAGUCCUGCUGGUCAUCUCUUCUGUGUUAGUGACCCACAUAGCUUUGUGUCUUGUAUGCUUUUGAUUGUAAUGCCUGAGUGUAUGAACUAGGUGUAAAAUAAAGUUUAGCUGUGUUCCGGGCUGUCCUAUCAGACGGGAAUUAUUUCAAUAAAAGAAAUAGUACCACA